AGAGGAGGAGGGCUGCUGUGGGAACUAAGAGAGCGGGGGGAGGAGGAGGAGAAGAAGGAUUGAUAUAACAAGAGCGGCUGUCGGUGCGCAACGCAAGUCUCACUCCAAGUCUUUGAAACAACACAGAUAAAGGGGAGCGGGCUUUCCAUUCAGUACCAGUGCAGGCAAUUUUUUUAAACUAAGUUCGUGCCGCGGGUCAGUUCUCCAUUUAGCCUACUACUCAUCUGACUUUUAAUUAUUUUGUAAAACUGAAAUACGAGAGAGCGAGUCAUAAACAGAUCAGAAACUCCGAGAGAGCUGCAAGUUGGGAAGUUUGUUUCCCGUUGCUUUGCAUGACAUUUCUUCCAAGGACUUGAGAGCCUGACACAGUUUCUUCACAGACCGUGCGGUGUGGGAUUUUGAUCUGAAACGGGGACUCGUCAAAUGCAAAAUUACAUGUAUGAGAAAGCAAUGGCUCAAGAAACAAGGAACGGAGGAACCUCUACGUUAAAUAACAACAAUGGUGUUGACAACAGUAAGAAGAAGGUGCUAAUAGUGCUCGAUGUCUUCUGCCUUCUACUUGCUAGCCUGCCUUUCCUGAUCAUUGAGACUAGCACCAUACAGCCGUACCAGCGCGGGUUUUACUGUUCGGACGAGUCCAUCCGGUACCCGCGAAAAGAGGGAGAGACCAUUAGUGAUGCUGUGCUUUGUGGUGUUGGCAUUCUUAUUGGCAUCUUCUCCAUUGUGAUUGGAGAAUGCUACAGGAUUCACCAGCUGCACCAAGGAACCAAGUCAUUUGUGGGGAAUCCAUACGUUGCAGCUCUCUACAAGCAGAUAGGUGUGUUUCUCUUUGGCUGCGCCAUCAGCCAGUCAUUCACAGACAUUGCCAAGGUGUCUGUAGGUCGGAUGAGACCCCACUUCUUAGAUAUUUGCAGACCAAAUUUCUCCACUAUUAACUGUUCAUUGGGGUACAUCACCAACUAUACCUGCACUGGGGAAGAGAGUGAAGUACAGGAAGCAAGGAAAUCCUUCUUCUCAGGACAUGCCUCGUUUUCGUUAUUCACCAUGCUCUACCUGUGUUUCUACAUACAGUCCAGGUUUACAUGGCGUGGCGCUCGUCUCCUCCGCCCAUUGCUCCAGUUCACUUUGCUGAUGAUGGCUUUCUACACUGGCCUAUCACGCGUGUCUGACCACAAGCACCACCCGACCGAUGUCCUGGCAGGAUUUGUGCAGGGAGCCCUGGUGGCCUACUGCAUAGUGAGUUCACGCAACACAACACAACACAUUCAGGUGAAGCCGGCCACACCCCCGCCCUCCCCGAUUAAGAAGGAGCUGCUCCCUUCAUCUGACAUCAUUGAGAGAAACAACCACCACAACAUGGUGUGAGGGAGCCCACAUCGUCUUGUGACUGAGGAGCCAAUCGCAGCACUGCUCACCUCCCAUCGGACAGUAGAAUGUAGCGACAAGAGACAAUUGCUGCUUGUUGAAUGGCAUCCUCCGCCCUUUUGCAGUGCCCCAGCUGGAGGCACUUUGUGUGGACUAGGGUGUCAGAUUUGAGAUUUGCACUUCAGAGUCCACUCUCACUAUCCAGACUUAUUAUUUACUAUAACUACUAAUCAGCAUUUGAGCCCAUCCUUUUGAGCACAAAAAAAAAAAAAGAAUUGGAAGCUGAAAGACAAAAUUAAUUAAGAAGAUGAUAACUUGACAGACAGAGCUAAGGGUGGAAAAAAAA